CUGUGCGUAUUUUUCUUUAAAGGUGCCGGAUUAACGCGUAAAGGUAAUGAGGGGUCAGAGCUUUCAGGGUUUGGAGAGUCCUCUUUGUGAACUUGUUAGAGGAGAGAGAGGGAGAGGAGAGAGAGAGAGAGGGGCUGAACCAUCCUCUCCCGGCAGAGUGCGUCCCGCUCCGCUCUCACACCACUGGGACUCCUUCUACCAUCAGGCAUCUGACUGGAUCAUCUCACCGCUUUCCUCUAUCUGGAUAUCUCAGAUGAACCAUAUACCCGAUUACAUUCAGGCUGCAGCACAUUGUCUCCUCUAUUUUUAUAAAGUAGUUUCCCUUUUCCAACCCAGUGCUUUUGGAUUCUAAAGAACACAUCAGCCUGGUCGCGAAACUCUGAGAAUCAAUCAUGGAAUUAUGGACAAAGUUGGUUUUGUUUUACAGUUGCUGUUUUGGAGCAAGCGCAGACUUCGACGGCAGGUGGCCUCGACAGAUGGCAUCAUCCAAUGGCCUGUGUCGAUACGGGGCCAGGGUGGACUGCUGCUGGGGAUGGACACGCCGCUCCUGGGGUCACUGCCAGCCUUUCUUCGCCUUAACUCACAGAGUAGUCGGGAUAAGGUGCCGGCCCCAAGCUGUGUGCCAGCCUGGCUGUAAGCAUGGAGAGUGUGUGGGACCCAACAAGUGCAAGUGCCAUCCAGGCUUCACUGGCAAGACCUGCAAUCAAGAAGAGACGCUGGACUAUUUAACCCCCCCGGCGUGGGGCGGCCACCUUCCCAUCUUUCUUCCAGUGGACCAUCAGCCAGUGGGAGUAAUGACGGAGGACCUGAAUGAGUGUGGGUUGAAGCCUAGACCCUGCAAACACAGGUGCAUGAACACAUACGGGAGCUACAAGUGCUACUGCCUAAAUGGUUACAUGCUGAUGCCCGAUGGGACCUGUGGAAACACUCGCAGUUGCGCCAUGGCCAACUGUCAGUAUGGCUGUGAGGUGCUGAAAGGAGAGGUCCGAUGUCAGUGUCCGUCGCCAGGCUUGCAGCUGGCUCCAGAUGGAAGAACAUGUGUGGAUGUGGACGAAUGUGCAGCAGGGAUAGCCGUGUGCCCUAGGUUCAGGAAGUGCAUCAACACCUUUGGAAGCUACAUCUGCAAGUGCCAUGAAGGGUUUGACCUGCAAUAUGUCAGUGGGAAAUACCAGUGCAUAGAUGUGGAUGAGUGCUCUUUAGGUCUGAGCUACUGCAGCAGCUUUGCCACCUGCUACAACACGCCAGGCUCAUACAAGUGCAAAUGUAUGGAUGGCUACAGGGGGAUGGGGCAUGAGUGUAAACCUAUUCCAAAGGUGAUUAUUGACCCCCCAAGACCAGGCAAACUGCCUCCCAAUCAUCACAACCACAUCCCUGACUCGGAUGACAGAAGGAUUAGCACAGUCCGUCCAGCAGUGACUUCAAAGAAAACCUUCACCACUCUUCCAAAAUCACCGGCCACAACUACGGCCAAAGCCCUACCAUCCCCUAGGAGGGUCACCCCACCUCCAAAUAAACCAGCAGUUCCCACUCAAAAGCCCUUCAUCCCCACAAGAAGGCCGUCAAUAGCUACACGUAAACCCUACAUCCCACCAAGGCCAGUGUAUCCCACAAGAAAACCCUCAUUACCAACCCCACCACCUGUCACACCAGUGGACAACACCAUCCAGAGGGAGGUCACUAAACAAAGAGGCGAUGUGCACAUCCCCAGGAAUAACGGCCAGAACACUGUUCUCGAUACAGACUUUGAUAUUGAACUUGGCAACACGGCAGAUGAAGCCAGCGAUGAUCCAGGCUCUGGGUAUUUGAGCUGCUCCUUUGAUGAUGGUCUUUGUGGUUGGAUCAGGGACAAAGAUGGAGACCUGCACUGGGAAACGACACCUGAUCCAACAGGUGGACGGUAUCUUACUAUCCCAGAAACAAGAAACAAGAGGACGGGACGAGGGGCCCGGCUAGUACUGCCUCUCAUCUCUCCUUGGAAUGACGGCAACUUGUGCCUUUCAUUUCGCCACAAGCUGGCAGGCCACCAUGUGGGAAUGCUUCAGGUGUUCGUGAAAAAGGGAAAGCAGUUCAGUCCUGCAGUAUGGAGCCGAACUGGUGGCAACGGCUGGAGGCACACUCAGAUCACUUUAUGGGGUACAGGCCUGGAAAGUGUUAUCUUGAAGGGGGAGCGUGGCAGAGGCCGAAGUGGAGAGAUGGCUGUGGAUGAUAUCACCUUGAGGAAAGGCUCCUGCACAGAUGAGCACAAUCUGAGGAGACUCUGACUGAAAGAACAAUGCAGGCCAGACAAAAAGGACAACGAGAGGGGAAAUCAUCAUAAAGAGAACUGACUCCUUAUUCUGCUUUGAUCCCAUCUUUUUCCCAUCUCGUCUCACUUUUGCUUCCUGCUGAGGGGAAUCAAAACUUAUGUAUAUGCAGAAUGAGUUACAGGAUUUUUCUGCAAUUCAUCUAUCCACGAACAAGAAGGAGUCAGCCCAAUCUCACGGGGGUAUUUUUGACAUUACUCUUCUAGUCUUGUCACCCUAUAAUUUUGCUUUUCUGAAAUCUGCAUGUUCUGAGCACAAUGGAAAUGUCCUGCAUCUCAUAUAGCUCUGGCAAACCUUCAGCCACCACACAAGUAACAUACAUUCAUUUAUAGAUUUCUCUAGAAAGGGCUCUGUUCCUUUGCCUUGCACUUUUGCUUUUUUCAAAUAUUUUAGACACAGUUUAUAGCUCCUCAUUAACUUGAUUUUGACUUAGACACCUAGAAAUCCAGGUAGUUGAUUUCCAUCAGGAAAUUCUGAACUAUAAUGUUGGAAUGUAAAUUUAGGACAGAUUCCAUUUGCCAAAAUUAGCUCCUGUAUGGAUUUAUUCCAAACGUAAUAAUUGAGUCCACAUUGCAAUAAUUCAUUAAAUAAUAAAUAAUAUGAUAAACACUAAUUAUAGUAGAAUAUUAAAUUUAAUAUGUACAUAAAUGUUCAGAUAUUUGAAUAUAUUUUAAUCCCAAUAACUUUUAAAAUCUAGAAUCAAAUGUGGAAAUAAUUAAUUAUAAAGUACAAUUCAAUAUUAAACUGAUCAAUAAAAUCAGUUUAAAAUUGUAUUUCUUCCCUAAAGUGGUGUUUUUGCAGCACAACAUUAAUUGGUUGGCUUUAACUAGUUAGGCACUCACCAAUCAAAGUAAGAGAUCAAAGCAAACUGUGCUUUCUGAAAAGAGAUUAAUAUGAAGUUUAUUUGUCUAAGUUUAGCCAUAAGAUGAGAGUAAGGGCUGUAAAACAGAAAAUAUUGUCUUAAUAAUGUCUACAUUGAUUAUCCAGGAUUUUAUGAGUUAUUGACAUAUCUAAAUGAUUAUACAUUUUCCAUUUUUUUUAUGUAUUUAUUACUGUUCCAGUAAACCAUUCAGAUAAAAAUGUAUUUCACAAUUUUUAUUUCUUUAUUAGUGGUACUCUGCUCCUUGAACUAUUUAAAACAGCUACCAUAAAGGGAUUUUUUUUUUUUGUGUGUAAGUAAUUAUAUGUUUUGGAUGGCUAGUCUGCAUCAUUUUAGUUACAAGUGAUGUUUUUGCAAUCUUUCGGAAGACAUAAACAGUCUAAAAAAAACAAGUGAUCUAAAUCUUCAAUUUUUCAUUCAUCUAGAUGGCAAAAACUCAGCUUAUAUUUGAACUUCUGAGUUUCUUUUCAACCCUCUAAAAAGGAUGACCAGUUACCAAACUUAGAUUUUUGGGUGCAAUUGAUAUACUGACUGUCCACAAGUCCUCAUUAAGAAAAUAACACAUUCACAACUUUUUUUUUUGUUGUUGUCUUGGAAUACAGCUUGUCUUCAUUGUCUUCAUUUUUCUAUUUUCUUUAAAAAAAAUCUGCUAACAGUUGAUCCAUGCAUGUCCUCAGCUCUCAUUGAUUCCUGGGAAACAUACCUGAUUUUUAUGCUUGUAAACUAUAAACAAACUAAAUGCAAUGCGUCACACUAGACAUUAUGUUUGUCUACGAUUAGAAGAGCUUAAUAGUUCUUUGUUUACAAUGUACCCCUGGAGAAUCUCUACUUCACUAUAGCUCUAAUACUUUGACCUAAAUUACUUCCAAAAUCUGUCACCUGCGAGUAUUUAGUCUAGAAAGUGUUUCCCUGUUGAAAAAGCCCAGUAUUCCUAAAAAAAAAUCCUGUUAUUUGUUAUUUUACUAUCGCUAAUGAUGCAGCUGAUUUUUUUUUUAAAACAAACAAAUAAGCACUGUCUCUAUCCAUUUGUCUGAUGCCCUCUUUAGCUCAAAAACUCUCUUCAGAUACUUGAAAGGUGUAAAAUGGAGCAGAAAAAGGAUUUUGGACGCUUAUGAUUAAAGUUUUUUUUUAUUGUGCUUUGUUAUAUUAAAUAUAUUUGCUACAGACAAUGAUUGAAAAAAUGAUAUGAGCAGAAUGGUAUAUUUGUAAAUGUAGCCGUGUGUACAUACUCUGUACAAUGCCAUAAGCCGUGUGAUUUAUAUGUUAUGUAAAUUCAUAUAUGAAUGUUGAUUGGACUUGGUUGGUAUUUCAGUAUUUAAUUAAAGAGAUGGUAGAAAUGUU